CUAAAUUUAAACAGUUCACUUAUAUAUGUUUGUGAUACCAAAGCUGUCACAAAAAAUGUCGUUUGUAGCCAGUUUAAUAGGCCUUUGGCUUUAGUUCAUUUGGUAAAUUACAAAUUAAAGCUUUGAAAACACAAGCCAGUAUCAAUUCCAAACUUCACAAGGACCAAAAGGACUCGGCAAUCGAAAGAUCAGAAAUGUCGACGCCAAACUUUCUUUUAAGCAACGGAAAAAAUAUGCCGAUGGUGGGUCUUGGAACUUGGCGGAGCCCACCGGAGGUCGUCACUCAGGCGGUAAAGGAUGCUAUAGAUAUAGGGUAUCGCCACUUCGAUUGCGCCCACAUAUAUGGAAAUGAGGCCCAAGUGGGCGCUGCUCUACGGGAGAAAAUGGAUGAGGGCGUUGUUACCCGGGAGGAUCUCUUCAUCACGAGCAAGCUCUGGAACACCCACCACAAGCCAAAUCUGGUUCGACCAGCCUGCGAGGCAAGUAUGAGGAACUUGGGAGUGAACUACCUGGAUCUAUACCUAAUGCACUGGCCCAUGGCCUACAAGUCGGGCGACAACCUAUAUCCCACCUGUCCGGAUACGAAUAAAGCCGCUUUCGAGGACAUCGACUACGUGGACACAUGGCGGGCUAUGGAGGAUCUGGUCGAUGGGGGACUGUGCCAGGCUAUCGGUGUAUCUAACUUCAAUGAACAACAAAUCACUCGCCUAUUGGGUGUUGCCAAGCUAAAGCCGGUGGUUCUGCAGAUUGAGUGUCAUCCGUACCUCAAUCAAAAGUCAUUGAUCACCCUUUGCUAUGAUAAUGCCAUUGCUGUAACCGCUUACAGCUGUCUGGGAUCAGGACACACGCCCUAUGAAAAGCCCGGAGCGUAUCCACUGCUUCAGCACCCGACCAUCCUGGCUGUAUCCGAGAAGUACGAAAGGACACCGGCACAGGUGCUCCUCCGCUAUCAGACACAGUCGGGCAUCAUCGUUAUCCCGCGAUCCGUGAGCAAACAGCACAUGCUGGACAACUUCAGACGAAUCUGGGACUUUGAACUGGCCAGCGACGAUAUAAAGGCUAUUUAUGAUUUGGACUGUAAUGGUCGUUUCAUGACCAUGAAGGCUGCCUAUGGACACCGCCAUCAUCCCUUUGAACCAGUACAGCUGAAGUAAAUAAUUAGUAUAAGAUGUUGAACGUGUCCUACCCAAAAUUAAAUAUUAAGGUUGCUCAUUGUUUGAAGAGGCGAUCGAAUUUCUACUACCUCCUUUAAAAAUGGAUGAGAGAUGUAAUAAUAGAGACACAAUGUGUUAUUUAUUGAUAAUAUAAUAAACAUAUUUUACUGUGUAA